AGUUACGGGACUUCGGAAAACCUUUUCACCUUUACGAAUCCAACUUGAACCGAGUCAUGUCACGUGUGUACGAUGAUUAUUUUUUCAGCUCCCAAAUACCCACCGAUUACUUGGGCUGUACCAUCCGAUAAGAAGCGAAAAACAAAACCACCACCAGCGGCAACAUCGUGCGGUGAAAUGCCUGUUGCUUUUGACCGUCCCAUUUAUCAGCCUUGCUGCUGCUUCGAUAGCGUGCCGGGAGAAGUUCCGCUUGUGAUUGAUUGUCAAGUUCAAGUUCAAAUUGAAACGUUUUCCUGGCGCACGAAGCUAGAGCGGUACGCGUCCCGAGCGAGCGAACUCGGGAAACUCGUGCAAAACAUGAUGCUGUGCACCAAUGGGGGGAUAGCGAUUCCAGCUGUUUGGUAGUCUCGUGAAAGGUCGUAAAUGGGUGGUGCAGUAUUAUUUUGUUAUGAUUGUAGGGUUCAGAGAAUCGAACGGUGUGUGUGUGUGUGAGCCCGUUCACGCCCGUUUAAUCCAUCCCGUCGCUUGAGGAUCGGUGUGAAACAGUGCAAACGGGCGAAAGAUUAUGGGCACGGUGCAGUUGAGCAGUUGAGCUACUAUUAUGUUGCACCACGGAUGAUAAGAUCAGUCGCUGCAUCUGCAGAUUAGCAUGUGCCGCUGCAUGGGAAGACGCAAGACCCGGUAUCGGGGCCAAACUUUUGCUCUAAUCAUCACCUCACCUGAGCAUAAUUUGUGGCUUGCUUGGCAGGGUUCAGUGGCCCCCGUCGUGCUGGUGGAGAAUGCAAGAUGCGAUUUUCCUAAUCUGUUUUGAUGAUCGUGCGAUUCUUUUCCCGACCCGUGUUCUAACGGCUGGA